AUGAAGAGCUCCACCAGAAACCCGAACCCUAAUCCUGAUACUCCCAGGUUUGGCCCUUCCAAGCUCAUGGUGGCCUUCCGCUUCCUGAGAGCCCUCACCCUGGUGCACCGAACCGCACCCAACUCCUCCAACGCCGCCCGGAGUCGUAGAAUACAGCGCGCCGCCUUCGCGUCCAUGGCCUACUCCGCCGGCCCCCGGCGUGCUUGGAGCCGAGCCUUGCUUUGGAGGCUUCAUUUCCACCGGGCUCGACGCCUAUGUGCCGGACGAAGCAGAGCAGCUGGCGUUCCGAGGAGACCGAGCACGACCAGGAGCCCGGCGGAUGAGCUUCGACGGCUGGUGCCGGGAGGAACUGGGAUGGACUACUGCAGCUUGCUAGAGGAGACCGCGGACUACAUCAGGUGCCUUAGCGAGCAGGUAAAGCUCAUGCAAAGCGUCGUGGAUUCGGGCGGUCCUCGUGGUCGAUGA